CCGCUCAUUCUUCAUUUCAUUGUCCAACUUUUCUUAUUUCCAAGGGACACCUAUCCCCAUUUUCUCCCUUUCCCAUUUAAUAUAAUCACCAAUGCUGCCAUUGUUGGAGAAAAAGAUCCCUUUUUGAGCUCUCCCCUGUGUUUUCUACUCUCAGAAAAAGAACCCAGCUUUCUUGAACCCUCACUCUAAUUGGCUAACAUUUUCUUCUGGACUGCUGUUGAUGGUGAUGAAAUCCCAUAAGUUUAGCUGCACCUCUCACUUGAUUGUUCUCUGUUGCUUUCUUCUGCAACCACUUUUUGUUUGCUCCAAGAAUCAUGGAAAUGCUGCCAACGACAUUCUUGACAUGAUCAACAACAACCGAACAUCGCAGAAGCUUCCCAAGUUGAGCAGCAGUCGGGGCCUCGGGUGCCUUGCUCUGCAGUAUGCACAAGAAUGCAAGGGCAACUGCAGCAGCAACAAUACCAUCCAUUGCCAGCUGUUAGAGGAUGACUUCACCGAGGUUUUCUCUCCCAAUUGUGGUGUCGAGCUCCCCACUUUCGGAACCAUAUCUGGCCUUAUCUUGGGAUGCCACCAGAAAUAUCUUCAGCCACAUGAAGCCUUCCCAAAUGUCCUUGUUCAAGAUCAGAAGUCGCUCUCGCUGCUGAGAAACAAGACGGUCACUGAAGCUGGAGUGGGCAUAAUUGGCAGCCACAAGCAUAAGGGGCCUUACAUUUGGUGUGUUUUGUUCAGCAACAGCCCAACAAAGAGUACGUUCGUUCUUGAAGAUCUUGGUGAAGGAGUCGAGCAGAAGAGAGGCUGUUACAGUGGAGCUAGCUUGCCUUGCAGUGCAGGAGAAAGCAAUUCUGGCAAUGAAGGCUCGUGUAUCCUAUCACCAGAUUUCAACAACAUUAUAUGAGCAGAGAGAGCACCAUAAAUUCUAUCUGUGAAUCGCCAUCCACAGAGAGAGAGACCUGUAAAUGUAAUGCAAUGCAAUGGAAACUUUACAGAAUAGCACUAUCAUCUCCAUGCAAACUUAAAUGAGAUGG